UAAAAAUGGGCCUUAAUAAACUAAGCAGUAAGCACAUGGCUUGACGUUAAAUUUACCUGAUAAAAUUAUAAAAAACAUAAAGUACAUAACCCUAUGUUAAAUAUAGUAUUGUUUAAAUAAUUAUUAUCCUUGAACUAAAAUUGUUAAUUAAAAAUGGGCAAAAAUCAAAGACAUCAAAAAUAUCUUAAAUCCGAAAAGGCAAAAGUUAAAUUAAAGACAAAAAAAGGUUUACCAACAGGAACUAACAUAACUGAUACGACAUUUAAAGUCAAAAAAAUUAUAAUCCGAGAACAACUCAAGCAACAUGAAGAAUCUGAAAUUCUCAGUCGUCGAAAAUUAAACAUUAAAGAUCUUUUGUCACGUUUAAAACAUCACAAUUCUACAGUACGUCAAGAAGCAACAAAAGAAAUUAAAGAAGUUAUACUUAAUAAUUCCUCGAGGAUUUUAAGUUCAAACUUGGGAUCUUUACUUCAAGGAAUAUGUGUUUUAACACUCGAUAAAGAGUCUAAUAUUCGUCGAGAAAUUCUUAAAGUUCUUAGCUUGCUGUUAGGUCCAAUACCAAAUGAACAACUAUCUCCAUUCUCAGAUGUUCUUAUAUCUUAUCUUAAAUGUGCCAUGACUCAUAUUGAUUCAGCUAUAAAAGAAGAUUCACUUAAUUUUUUGGAUGUUCUUGUGCAAAAUUGUGGCUCACUUGUUGCAAAAAAUUCACAAAAAAUUCUUUCUAAUUUUUUGGACAUGGUGUCAAAACAUAAUAAAGAAUCUCAAGUUUCGCGACAAUUGACUCUUUCAUUGGGCUCCAAACACACAAGUAUCAAAUGGCGUAUCAAAGUUUUUGAAAGUUUAUCAAGUAUUUUAAAUUUAUUAAUUAUUGAAAAAAGAUGUAAAAGUUUUGGAAAUAGUCAGCAUGAAGGUCGAAAAAUAUUUGUUGAUAAAAAUACAUAUUUUGUUGAGCUUUAUCAACCACAUCAUAUGAAUGAUUCUAAAAUUAAUUUUAAAAAUGAUAAUGAAGAUGUUAGUAAUGACAAUGAAGUUGUUAAUUUUAAAAAAUAUAUUGAUGUUUUGAUGCAUUUAAUGAUGGAGAGUUGGCUUGAAGUUAGACCCAAAGAAAAUAAUAUUCAUGUUUUAGCCUCAGCAAUAUCAAUUGAAGCAGUUAGUUUUCUAAAAAUAACAACAAAAAUAAUACAACAAAUUAUUGGUUGUAUUGAUGUUAUAGAAUCUGACAAUGAAGAUAUCAAUAUUUGGUUUGCUCGUACAUUUCAAACAACAUUUGGUAAAUAUUUUAUGCUAAAAUUUCCAUACAGCCAAGUUAAAAGUCUUCAAAGAUCCAACAAAAGAGACAAUGAUUCUGAGACAAAUGACAAAUGUUUAUCUGAAAAUAUUGGUAUUUGUUUUGUUUAUUUAUGGAUGACAUCAAGAUGUAUGAUAAUGACUGACGAAGUUAAAGAUGGAUUUGAAAAAAUUUUAGACUACAUCAAUGACAGAUUAGAUAAUUGGAGUCAUGUUAAUGACAAUAAUUCUCUUAAUCAAUUUAUUAAAUUACUCAAAGAAUUAUUUUUAAAUUCAAGCAAAAUUUUAUACAAAAAUAGAAUUAAAUUGAGCAAAACUUUGAAUAAAAUAAUUAGUGUCAGUCUUAGAGUUCCUAAAAAAGAACUUCAAAUACAAUUAUUUAAUAUACUUGGUGAAAUUGUACUUGAUCACAGUUUGACUGAACUUCAUAGUGAAGAAAAGUUGAAGGAAUUUAUAAAAACACUUCCAAAUUUAUUGUUGGAAAAAAGCAUUUCUGAAAAUACAAUUUUCAUGAUUAAUCGAGUUAGUCUUCAGCAUGGAGCCUGGAUUCAUAACGAACUUCGAAAAAAACGAUUAGAAAUUACUGAAAAUGCCAAAAAAAUCGAAAUUACAGGAUCAACUGAUAUCAUGCAGUCUCGACUGAUGAUAUGUAAUCUUUUUUAUUUUAUUGAUGGACAAAUAUAUUAUUGAGUUUUUAAAUAAACUUUUGUUUCAAUAAAAUUGUUAAACGAUUCAAACAA